UUGGCGGGAAACGGCGCGUCCUGCCACCCCUCUAGUCUACUAACUAUGUUUACAUGCGUUUAUAUUUUUCGAAGUCCGCUAGUCCGCCAGAAAAACUUUAAAUACUUUGACGUGUCUUUGUUGGAAUUUUUUAACUUAAGACUUGUGUACUGACCUCAAAUUUCCCGUAGUGCGCCUUACAGAUCAGAGAGGUACGUCUACGCUGUAUGUAUGCGCUGGCGAAGGAGUUCUCAGUUUCGCGAACAGAUCGAUGUAUGUGGGGUUACCGAUACUUUGAAGAAAGAGCAAAUUCAGGUUUAUAAUUGACAGCUUGAAAAAUGCAACGACACUUCCACGCUGCUAUUCAACUAAAUGUUUAUGCAUUCUUUAAUUUCAUCCCAAAAUAAUCCGAUGUAAGAGUACUGUUUUGUUACAAGUCUAGUUUUAUCGGCUCUCAGCAGGCCACAAACGCAAAUGACUCGGUGCAACUCGGUGCAUGCUCUUUUUUGUUUGUUUGUUUGUUUUUAGUGGCACUUCACAUGGAAAAAGAGAAGGUAACAAAGAAGAGUACGGACCAUGAAGGAUGUAGAGAACAAAACACCAAUGAAGAUGUGGCAUCGAAAGGAGAUGAUAUUAAGCCAAGGUAACUGAAAAUUAUAUGGAAGAGAUUUUGAGAGAUUCAACAGCGCAAGCUAGCUUUAAUUUUUUAGCGGACCAUGCCACACAAUCGCCCAUUUGCGUUCUAUCCACAACCAGAAUUUUAUGUAUAAUUGAAAUUCAAAGACAAAUAUUGGAAUUUGUUUUAUUGUUGUUAGGUUAAGGUUACUUGAAAGAAAGCAGCGUUCCUUGGGGAAACUGGUUUUUAUAUGCUUCUGCCAGUAUCAAAUAAAAACGAAAAAAUUUUCUUUUAUCCCAGCUGUAAUCAGGAUGACCAAAACGGGUAUAUGAAGUUCCCGUUAUUUUUCUGUCCCUAGGCACUUGAUAUCUGUGUGAUGCUUCUUCCUGACUCUUCAAUGAUUAUAUCUUUUCUAACUUUUUUAGUGAGCCAAAAGAGAAGGCCAAGGAACCGGACAAAGAAAACAACAGUUUACCAGGAUCAAGACAUGACGCCAGUAUCGUGAACCGCGGUGAAAAUGCUUCCCAUGAUGAUAUUCAGAGAAGUUGUCAGCAAUUAAUCGAUGACAUUAAUGCAAAGCGGAAGCGAGACACUGAUUUACUAAACGGUACAUUUUUUUUUCUUUGGCUCUUAUUUUUUCAUCUAUUUUCUUAAAUACCUGAUUCACAGUGUCAACUGGGUUGCAGCCAGGUAGUAGGCAUGCAUUCAGUUUACAGGUAUUAUUUUUGGCAAAUCAAAGUUCAUCCAAACCUGUUAGCUAAGUACUGAUGCUUUCGAAAUUCUUUCCGUAAAACUUGUCUUCUCGUGUUUGAUCAGGUGGAUUAUGUUUACCUCAUAGUUAAUUGUACUGGUCGAGUCCGCUGUGGUUAAUUGAAGUGGUUUAAGUCUUCCGGUUUGACCCUCUGUAAGCCUUCUGUAGCUUUUUCGAGCUGGAGGGGCCUUUCCUCUUAUCCGGCAUGAACAAAGCUGCGACGACUUAUCUAAUAUCUAUCCCUGCUACUCGAAUAGCUAGGAUGGUUUAUUGAUCAUGAUAAAAAAAAAAACAUUCAUUAGAAGGUCAAGAGAAGACUUGACAAGAUGUUAUGAUAUUCGGUAAUCAACCUCUCCAUUUCAUUCGAAGAGAACAGCCAAUAUCGUGCAUGAUCCCCGGGCAUGAUCACAAUCUUUAUGACAUCAAAACUAUCAAAAAUAUCCGAGAUGUAAAUAAUAUCAUUCAUUUAAUGAACGAGGUUACAUCAAAUAAAUAAGUGAAGAGAAGUGAAGUUUAUUGUCAUAUUAAAGUUAGAAAUGAUUUCAAGCUGGUAUGGUCCAGGUAGCUAUCACAUCCAGCUACGAAAAUGCGAUUUCUUUUUGCAACCUGAGCACAAAAUUGCAUUUUUAAAUUUUUAAAAUUUUAUAGAUUUCCGGAAGGUUCUGGAAGAACAAAUCAACACGUCAUGCAAUGUUUUGGAAGAAAGCAUUGUUCAAACUUAUGAGAAGCACAGCAAAAUCAUCCAGGACAAACUUCAGGAGUUAUUUGCAGUGCUAGAAAGGAUAAGUACGUGUACUUUCUCUAUUAUUAAACUCGGUGGGAGGGUGUUCCAUUUGAACAAACACACUUUUAAAAAAGUAAAUGACAAACACCCACCUGUGGACUGACUGGCUAGUCAUCAUCAUCGGUCGGCUACAGGGCCCCGUCGUUUUUUUAUUGUUUUUUGUGAAAUCUAAGGCCAAGGCCAAACGUUGAACCUUUCAUGAGACGAACCAAAUUGCUAUUUGGGUCGACUCUGAGUCGUCCUUAGUUUAGUUAUUUUCGACUACUAAAUCAAACGUCGAACUUAAAUCGAACUCAGAGUUGAAAGGAAAUUGUGCGAAAAAGUUCACAGUCGUAUAGCGGGGGCACCCAACGCGAACAUAGUUCAAAACCGCUUCGGAAGAUAUAGGCAUAUUUUUGUCCCCUAAAAUUUUUUCAUCUGUUCGGGUUUCCUAGCUGAAAGUGUAGUGAUCCGAAAAUCAUAGGGAUCAAAACUUAACUCUUCGAAAAUUUCAGCCAUAAAAAAAAUCGAAAAUCCUAGGGGAGGCAGGCAAACAACAAAUGUUUCGAAAAUUCUAGAUCUCCAUUCGUCUUCCGAACAGAUGUAUUGCGAAAAUUGAUGUUGGGUGCCCCUGGUAUGGCUUAGGGUGGAACCCCGCUUAGCGGAAAGUAGGACGGACAGUCUUCGUUGUCCUCGCCUGUGACAAGCUCUCCAGCUAGUGGGGACGUCGCGAAAACAAGGUCAAUGUAAGGGAAAAUAGAAUUCGAGUGAUCUGAGAAAGGGGGCGAUCACUUUCUCUCCCCUCAGUCCCCGUGCGUUUUUAGCAUCAGUUUUCUCGAUCUCUCUAGAAAAGACUAUCGCUCUCCAGGAACAGCUCGGCACCCAUAUAUUUUCCAUAGAAUAAACUGCCCUUGGGCAAACUGCACUGUUGCGGUACCUUUGCACCGUCCAUCCGUCUGUCUGAAACGUGUUUGUCGAUCAAAAGUCAGUCAGAUGAACUUAAUCUGAGACAAACUUCCAACUAAACUCACUCAGUUUUAUCGUCGCAUGAAAAAUUCGACUUAUAGUUUUGUAGUGUUUCCGCUCCAAGAAGAGUGGAAAUACAGGUCAUCAGCAGGUAAUCCACGUGAUUAGUCAACCCCAACGUAAAAUUAAUAAUGGAUCCCGAAAUAAAGAUAUAAGCUGUCGUUCAACACAGCCACUUUUCUCGUCGCUUUUAACCUCUUAAAAUCUAAAAGCAUCAACUAGUACUGUCAGCACUUAUCAGUCCUUUCCUCCAAUGUCCGUUGCUGGUCCCUUUACUUACUAGCCUAGUGAAAACUACUUCAUUUCGAUACUGUCAGGAGAUAUUCUUCUGAAAAUUUAGCCUGCGUGGCAGGCGUUUUAACGGGAAGGCAAAAGGGAAGUGAAGGCGCGCUCAGGCCAAUCAAAAUCAAUUAAACGUGACUUUGUUUAGAGGGGAUAAACUACUGAUGUGCGCGUUGAAAAACAACAUAUCGUGACCUAGCCAUCGAUGCCAAGUCACUGAUGAAUAUAUGUGGGUUCAUAUAACAAGUUAAAUAUAUGUUAAUUCAAUUUCCGCUUGUUUCUUGAUGUUGCCGACAGUACUGAUCCAGGGAAAGAAAUCAACUAAAUUGGCGUAUGAUGAUUUCUCACUUCGACAAUGUGAAAAUACAUGGGCAAGUGAUGGUGAUGACUUCCCAUUUUAAGCAAAACUCACCUGUUUCAAUUCAGAUCAAUUGUGAACAUCCGAUGUUUCUUUAUAGGAAAAGGGAUAAUUUCUUGUCAUUUUUUUAAAUCGUGGCAUACACUAGGUAUUGCUGACUACUUCUCGUACAAAUAAUCAUUGUUUUUUCGGCAGGCAAGCUUGAAAGUGAGCUGAUGGACUUCAAACAAGCCCUCGGUGUCCUCUAUAACGACAUGCAAGUCGUGUAGGC